GCUUCAUGAUUGGCGCCUUUUAAGUCAUCCCCCUUUCAUUCGUCGACAGAACCAAUGCCACCGUCGCUGCGGCGAGAUAACGACGACACCGCCGCCUCGUCGGCUUCGGUUCAGUGGCUUCUUAUCCUGACGCAGUUAGGAUUUUCCGUUGGAUCCAUCAAUCUACAGAAUAACAAUGUAUAAAGUGUCAAAAUAAGCAAAGAUAGUACUUGUUUUGAAAGUUUAUUGUAAUGGAGGAUGACAAUGAGCUUGAGCUUAGCUUGGGUCUUUCGUUUGGAGGAUCUUCUGGCAAACUUAAAGGCAGAGCCAUCACUUCGGAUUUUAAAGCCGAGGAAGGAAGUACAAAUCAAGCAAUAGGCAGAGUUGUGACAGUUUCUGAUGUUCCAUUCAAGAACUUCCUCCAGAAUAAUGUUGGAAUUCCAGACCAAAGUGGGAAACAAGCUCUGUCACCACCACAAGAGAACUUCUGGAUUGACAUUGGCAAGUCUUCAGAAGGUUAUGAUAUCUCACAGGCUAGUCAGUUGAUGUUCACUAAACACAAAGAGCCUUGGAGUGGAAAUAAAAGAAUCAAUGAAGUUGAGGAAGAGAACUCAUGUUCCAAGAAACCAAGAUCAUCUGAGAUAAAUUUUCAGAAUCUAGAGAAUGUAGUUAACCAUGCUGAGGUAACAGGCAAGAGCUCUAAGGAUCACCCCAUGAAGAAGUCACAUCUUUCUGUUGCUACUGGUGAUGGUUCAACUGGUGAAAAUGAGGGUGUUGCAGAAUCUGAGGCAGAAGUUUCAAGCUCUUGGUUAGUUUCACAGUCUGUCAACACUAGCAAGCGCGCAGAUCUACACAAAGUAACUUCUAAGCAUGCCUUAAAUGAUCCAACUGGAAUUGGUUUCCAAGGGCAGAAACAACAAUUAUUUUCAGGAAGUACAUCCAGUGAUUUUGUUAAAGCUACAUUUGGGGCUUCAUCACCUCUUCAAACUCAUACUGCCGUAAAUGUAGAUUAUUCAGUACCUCCUAAGCCAACUUGUGUUGGCACUCCUACUCCUACAAGCUCUCCUUCACCAUGCAUCAUGCAGCCAACACUUCCAUCGAAUGGAGAUCCUUCUAUUUCCAAAGGGACAGAUUUUGAUGCUGAGAAGCUUGUUUUUGGAUACUCAGCAAUCCAACUUCCAACACUUGAGACAAGUUCUUCAUGGGCAUUUGGUUCUCAGCUUCAGGCUGUCUCUUCCCUAGGUCUUGGAACAUCGAACUCACAGCUCGCUGAAGAUGAUGCAAAGAGAUCAAACGUCCCUCUUCAGAUCCAUCCUUCAAAAGGGAAUGGUAAACAUAUCGUGGAGACUGGAACAUCAUUCUCAUCCCGUGCCGAGGAAGUUAUGAGUACCACUACUUUCCGGCAGAAGGAGAUUGCAACCUCUUCUAUCGAAGGCUUUUUUCAUGAAGGAUCUGCCAUAAAACCUGGUGUUGCAUCGAACGUGAGAUUUGGAGGUUCUGGCUCAUGCCCUGACCUUCCAUGGGUCUCGGCAACUGGGCCUGCCCCUAAAGGUAAGACCAUAUCUGGUGUCACCUACAAGUAUAACAAAAACGAAGUCAAGAUUGUUUGUGCCUGCCAUGGUUCUCACAUGUCCCCCGAUGAGUUCAUUCAACAUGCAAGUGCAGAUACUGCUAACCCAGAAAAUAACACAAGCUUGACAUCAUUCACCAGCACUCCAUAAGGUUCAGCACAGAACUAGUCUUGUUGGCACUAAGAACAGGUUUCCUCAUGGAAAGCAUGCUUUUGAAGUGUGACAAGGUCGGUAGGUGUUUUUAGUCUCAAAAGGACCUGAUUCUGUUGAUGUUAUUUAUAUAUUUGGCUUUACUUUUCAAGCUUGGAGGGAAGUAAGUAUGGAUUGUUGGGAGAGAAGGGUAGAAGAGACUAUUUUAAAGGUUGUAUUUUUGGAUGAAGAGAAGAGAGGAUAAUGAAUGGUUCUCUUUAGUAAACUUCUACUUCAAACUUUAAUUUCAUUUAUAGUCAUGAUUCAAUGA